GCCCCGCGGCGCGCGCGCAAAGAUGGCGACGCCCUAUGUGACGGACGAGACCGGCAGGUACAUCCCGUCCACGCAGCGUCCUGACGGGACCUGGCGGAAGCAGCGCCGUGUCAAGGAGGGCUACGUGCCCCAGGAGGAGGUGCCCGUCUACGAGAACAAAUACGUGAAAUUCUUCCGGAGCAAACCCGAACUGCCCCCAGGCUUAAACCCAGAGCCCAACCCUUCCUCAUCGGGCCGGCCCGAGGCCAGCGAGCCCUCGCCGGGGCUCUCCAAAACCGCCCGCAGGAACCUGAAACGCAAAGAGAAGAGGAAACAGCAGCAGGAGAAAGAUCGGGAAAACGACGGCGGCGGCGGCGACGGACUGAGCUCAGCCCUGGAAAAAAUCACUUUGGGAGGAGGAGGAGGAGGAGGAGGAGGAGGUGACAGAGGAGGAGGUGACAACACAGCAGGAGGUGGGACAGCAACAACAACAACAACAACCGGGGAUAAAGGAGGUGAAAAAAGCUUGGAAAACGCCGGAGAUAAUCCCGGGAAUAACGAGGAGAGGAAUAACGAGAGGAACCGGAGGAUCAAGAGCCUGAGGAAGAAGCUGAGGCAGGUGGAGGAGCUGAGGCAGAGGAUGGAGGGAGGGGGGAUCCCCCAGCCCACCAAGGAGCAGCUGGAAAAGUUGGGAAGGAGGAAAGCGCUGGAGGAGGAACUCAGGGGGUUGGAGCUGGACUCGUAAUUUGGAGCAAAAAAGGGGGGGGGGGGUGUUGGUUUUAUUUUAUUUUUGGGGGAUUUUUUUGGGGAUUUUUUGGGGAUUUUUUGGGGAUUUUUUUGGGAUU